AUGGCUCUACUUGACAGACUACCCACUAAGGAUCGUCUCCACCGAAUCGGUCUUACUAAUGACUGCUCUUGUCUCUUAUGUAACUCUGAAGUGGAAACUAGGGAUCACCUUUUCUUAUUAUGUCCUACUGCUGUUUCUCUAUGGGAACGCAUCUUCUCUUUUUCUGGUUUGCAUUUUACAGGCUACCUUUGGGAAGAAUUCUUGGAAAUGGCGAGCUCAAAUUGGAAAGGAAAAUCAUUGUUAUCUACUGUAAUGAAGAUUGCUUUGAAUGCAUUGAUUUACUUGCUCUGGGAAGAAAGGAACAGAAGACUGUACCAAGGCCGAACUAGACCUGUUAAUGAACUUCUAAAGAAUAUCAAAUCUAUUGUUUGUCUUCAACUUAACGACAGGAAAUUCAAUAGAGUAGAUGAUGUGAAUUUACCUUCUACAAACAUUGGGGUAUUGAUGACCACCGAUUAUUGUAUUGUAAAUGUUUUGUAUUGA